AUAUUACAGUGAACGGAGAUGCGCCCGCGUUGUCGUACUAGUGUCCGUAACGCCCUGGCCGCGCAUCGUUCCACCACCUUUACACAGUAGCCGGCUAGGUCUACGGACGCUAUUGAACUUUACUACACAUUUUGACUUUCUUAUUAUCAAUCCACCGACGCCGCAUGCACAAUGAUAACUCUCACUACUACGAAGGUGCCCGCUAUCCGCAACACCCUGCAGAAGUUAACGCCGACAUGGCAAUGCAGAAGCCUUGCAACUGAUGCCACGUUUGAUAUAAAACCGUUCAAACUUCACAAAUUAGAAUCUGGACCUAGUACUACAGUAACCGUAAGUAAAGAAGAUGCCAUAAAUUACUACAAACAGAUGCAGUAUAUCAGACGUAUAGAAACGGCGGCCGGUAACUUGUAUAAAGAAAAAAUCGUCAGAGGAUUUUGUCACUUAUACUCUGGACAAGAAGCUUGCGCCGUAGGUAUGAAAUCAGCAUUCCGCGAACAGGACUCAAUAAUAUCAGCAUACCGUGUUCACGGCUGGACAUACUUGAUGGGUGCAACACCUGUUGAGGUACUGAGCGAACUCACUGGUCGAAUCGGUGGAGUUGUUCGUGGUAAAGGUGGUUCCAUGCACAUGUAUGGCAAAAACUUUUACGGCGGAAAUGGCAUCGUUGGAGCUCAGGUUCCUUUAGGAGCAGGCGUUGCAUUGGCUGCAAAAUACUUGGGCACUGGAGGAGUAUGUUUUGCUCUGUAUGGAGAUGGUGCUUCAAAUCAAGGCCAAGUGUUCGAAGCAUACAAUAUGGCUAAAUUGUGGAACUUGCCCUGCGUAUUUGUCUGUGAAAAUAACGGGUAUGCAAUGGGAACAAGUUCGGAGCGGUCAGCUUCAAACACGUCUUACUACACCAGGGGCGAUUACAUACCCGGAAUUUGGGUAGACGGCAUGGACGUAUUGGCCGUUAGAGAAGCAUCAAAGUUUGCGGUGGAUCAUUGUGUUAAUGGAAAUGGUCCGAUACUUUUAGAAACAGUUACUUAUAGGUAUUCUGGUCAUUCAAUGUCUGAUCCUGGCACAUCAUAUAGAACUCGAGCUGAAAUUCAAGCUGUAAGGAUGACUAGAGACCCAAUUACAUCGUUUAAAGAAAAAAUUCUCUCUACCAACCUAGCAACCGUUGACGAUCUCAAGAAAAUUGAUAGUGAAAUAAAAAUAGAAAUUGAUCAAGCAGUUGUGAAAUCGAAGGAAGAUGCAGAAAUAUCACUGGAUGAGUUAGCCAGUGACGUAUAUGCCAAACCACUCGAAAACGAACAUCGAGGGGUAGUGCCCUGGCAAAAGAUAAAACAUGUUAGAAUUGGACCAGCCUUUAAUAUUAAAUAAGUUAAUUAAAAUAAAUGAUGUCAGGGUAAAUGCAAUUUGUAAGUGUUGUACAUUUUGAUGUGAUGAAGUCGAACCAUAUUAGGCGCAGGGUAUAUUUAUUUUUCUGAAUCCAAAAUAUGGUUAUUAAUAUUGUUAAUUUGUUGACUUAUGAAAUACUUGUUAUUAAAUGUUAUUUGUUCUUAGACUCGCUACUAUUUUUAUUAUGGCAAUUGUUUGUUCAUUUUUACUUAAAAAAGUUUAAUAAAAUAACACAGAUUAUUAUUUAUACUUUUUUAGUCAUAUUGGAUUAAUUCGUAUAUAAUGAAAAUGGUAAUAGUAUUAUACAGAACAAAUAAUAAGUAAUAUCAUUGAUUAUAAAUACUAGUAUAAUAAUAUGCAACUAAUAAUUACCUAUAAAUUAAUUAAACCACGAAAUUAAAUCUAAGUGCCUAAUGUAUUGGAAUUUGGAAAUAUCUUAAAAACCGUAUUUAUACCUAUUUAAUUAUUUUACUAUAUUAAAAUAAUGCUUUUGGUCCAAUCUGUUGCAUAAAUAUUAUUGUGAAUUUAUUGGUGUUGUACUGCGUACUACUUGUACACUUGAACUGAGUUGAAAUACUGUAUUAUAUUAUAUGUAUUAAAUCAUACUGGAAUUUUAAAGUUUUUAUGGCAAUGUGUUUAUCGUCUAUGUUUAUAUAACUGUAUAAGUGAUAUCCUAAAUAAUUAUCUUUUUAUAAUUAUAUAGUAUGAGGCUGAUGCAAUGUUGAUAAAAUAUUUAAAUAUAUUAUGUUAUGAACAAUGAAAA